CCGGGCCGGGGGCUGCGGCUCCGGGCGCCUCCGCCCCGCGGCGGAGGGAACGGGCGGGGGCUUCCUGCGCUCCGGAGCCGCCGGCGGCAGCAGCAGCAGCAGCAUGGAGCGGGUCCCGCGGCUCGUGGCCGCCGCAGUUCUCGUGGGGUGCUGCGCGCGGCUCUGUCCCGCUCUCGGCAGCGGGAUGGGCUCCACGCGGGGCACGGCCGUCCCCUGCGCCCACCCAGGGGAGGGUUGCCGGACAGAUCCGCAACACGGAGCGGGGUGGCUGCAAACAGAGGCUGAGCUGUUCCCCUUCCCUGGGACCCCACCCGGGACUGCUGAGCCCUCCGGCACAAGCAGCAGCCCUGAGGAGGCCGGGACGGUCCCUGCGGUGCGGGAUGGAGUGAGCACCGCGGCACGGCCUUCACCCUCUGCUGGUACCACUGAUGCAGUUGCAGGCAGAGAGGGAACGUCUCCUACACCCCCUGGGGAGAGCCCAGCCAGGGUGCUCACAGCAGUCACCAUGGAGCUCAGCACAGCUCCAGCCAUCAGCACUGCCCCCAAGACUGAGCCCAUAGGAAAUGAAAAGGCAGAGAGUUCCCCAACCCCACAGAGGACCCUGUCGCAUUCAUCGUCCCACAUGAUGGUGCCCAGCAGCUCUAGGGGGCAGUGGGGAACCCCCAGCACUAUGAGGACAGUGCUCACACAGAGCUGGGAGGGCUCACUUAGCCCCUCACACCCUGCCCUGGAGCCAGAGGGCAGGGGUGCCACCAUCCCACCCAGUGACAUCAGAGCAGGGACCACCCAGGGCCUCACAACAGACAGCCCUGUGCCGGGGACGAGUGGGACACUGUCUUUUGUGGGGGGGCUGCAAAGUCUGCAGAGCCCCCCUGGGGAACUAGGAAGGAUUCAUCAGGUGCUGGCAGGGACAGGGCCAGCAGGAGUGUCCCACUCAUUGCAGGGGACAACCAUGGCCUGGCUGGGUCCUCAUGCCACUUCCCGCCCCCCUCUGCUGUUCCCAGGGGUUGCUGACCGUGGAGGGCUGAUGUGGCAUCCCAAGGGCCCUGGGGCCAGCACGACCCUACUGCCCAUGGAGUCACGUCUGCCUCCUGACCCUAGCACCACAGCCGCUGUCCCAGGGGUGACAUUUCCUGGCCCUGAGGGAGCCCCAGACCUGACCAUGGAGGUGUUGGGGCUGCUAAACACUCAAAGUCCCCCUGGGCCCAACCGUGUCGCCAUGAACCAGACCUGGCAUAUCUCAGCCUUGCCAGGGGAAGCCCCACUGUCACUGGGCCCACAGCCCUCCCUGGGGCUCAUCCCCACUGCAGACACCCACCCAGCAGCGUCCCCAGGGAGUGAGCAUGCUGAGAGGCCUCAGGUCCCAGGAGGGACCCCGGUGUGGGCAGGUGAUGCUGAGCCUUGGACAGUGACUGCACCACCAAGCACAGCCCUUCCCACGGCCCCCAGCUCUCCACUGCAGCCAGCCCUGACCAAACCCACAUCAUCUCCACCUCUGCUGACUUUUAGCACCAGCAUCGCCAGCACUGCCACCAGCACACCUACUGCUACCAGCACAGCCACUGCCACCAGCCCCGCACUGCUCAGGGAUGAGAGGACGGCCCCGCUGGAUCCCAUCAGUGCUGCAUGUCGGGGGGCUGUGGAGGAGCUGAUGCGGGGGCCCAAUACAGUGCUGGGGUCCCCCCAUCAGCCCACAGACCCCCUCGGGGGCACAGAGCCACCUCCUUCACAGAGCAGCCCUACGGAGCGGCCACAUGCUGACCCCACAUGCGUGACACCAAACCCAGAGACAGCAGGCAGGGCCACCCCGGAGUUCAUCGUGGAGGAUGAACCGCCGCAGCUGCGAGCGUCCCUCCUGCGCGUGCCCUGCGAGCUGGCGCUGGACAUGGCCUUCGUGCCCGCGCUGCGCGACCCCGCGUCCCACGAGCACCACGUGCUGCUGAGCGGCCUCAACCGGACGGUGGCGGCCCGGCUGGCGGCGGUGCGCGGCUUCGUGCGUCUCGAGGUGACCGCCGUCAGGGCGGGCAGCCCCCGUCAGGUGGUGCUGCACUACGACGCGCUGUUCGCGGCCGAGCUGGUGCGGGCGGCGGCGCUGGGAGCACUCCUCGACGCGGCGCUGCGCUCCGGCGGAGCUGCGGCGGUGGGCGCCGCCCGCGUCCUGCGGCACACGGCACGCGCGCCGGAGCCCUGCGCGGCGCUGUUCUCCUGCCCCGACGGCUUCGCCUGCGUCGUGAGGGCGGACGGGAACGCCACGUGCACGUCCCUCUGCCACCGCGACUACUGCCGCAACCACGGCGUGUGCGCGCACCCCCGGGGCCGCGGCCCGCUCUGCCGGUGCCCCGCGGGCAGCGACGUUUGGUUCGUGGGGCUGCGCUGCGAGCGGCGAGUGACGCUGGCGGGGCUGCUGGGCGCGGCCGCGGGCGCUCUGCUCGGCGUCGUCCUUCUGGGAAUCGCCGUCGGGGCCGCCGUGGUCCGCAGGUUCCGGGCGCUGCUUCGGGAGGCGCGGGCCGAGCAGGGCCGCAGCAGCUACCGCCGCUUCUGCCGCCCGGACGAGGCCGCGGCCCCGCACUGGGCGCGCUCGUGGCCCGGCUCGGGCAGCUCCCUGGACAACCCCGCCUUCAGCCGCUCGGAGGAGCUCCUGCACCUGCACCUACCGGACGACGGCUGCUGCUGCCGCAGGGACCCGCUCAGCGCCGCGCAGCGCCCGGAGCCGCCCGCCCGCGGACACGGCUUGCAGUACGGCUGGGACACGAGCUGCAGCAGCAUGAACGAACCCAUGGUCGACUCAGGCAAAGCCAGUGACGUCUCGGUGUCCAGCUGGCCCGUGGAGCCCAACCCCUGGGCGCCCUUCUCCCUCCUGCAGCAGCACUCCAGGCAGCAACCGCCCCCCCUGUCCCCAGCAGCCAGGCAGGCGGCCGCGCUCCUUCUGCGAGGGGCUGGAGCUGUGUACGCUGGAGCGGAGCUGGACGGCCUGAGCGCUACAGAGUGAACCGUGGCACCAAGCAUCAGCUUUAAAACCAACCACAUUUUAUUUCCACGUAACAAGCUCAGUGAAAGAAGUCCAAACACUUUGACAAUACAAUCAACGCGGGCGUGAUGUCAGUUCCACUCGAUGCGGAGUCCUGAAAGAUUAUCAGGCAACGGUUUCACCGGGGUCAGAGCAGACUUGGGAAGCCAGCUUGGGCUGGGACAGCGUGGUUCGUAGCGAUAGGUACAGAAGUGUCCAAUAACACACAAUGCUGGCAUCCAACAGAGUUAAUGACUUACAUCCGGCAAUUUGAAAAUAAAGGCUAACAGAUUGUUGAAGUCACAUCAUACUAUGUACAUAUAUGGUCUGCCCUAUAGCCAUUUCAGAACAAGCUAAGCCACUGUGAAGUGAAAUACAAAUUAAGCACUGCUGCAUUGUUUGUCAUGAUUAAUGUAAAUGAGGUAUAAAUUUAAACACCAGUACGUUUUAAGCAUUAAAGUUUAUUUUCCAAAAUGCUCUCCUUAUUUGCAAGUGUCCUCUUGAGCAUCUAGCAGGGCACAAAUGGUGGGGGGCGGUGGAAGUGGAUGGAGGAGGGCAACGGGAUUCCAAAGGUGCUCAAAUAGAAAAGGAAAAGCAAGCUGCAGGUUUCUGCACUUAGAUUCUCAGCUCACAGUGGGCAACGCUGAGGGAGAGUUUUGCUAGGAUAAAAUGCAGAUUUGUUCAUAAAAAAAAAGAAAUCAGAAGGCUAAAAGAAAAAUCAAACUAUGGGGAUACAGAGCUCUAUCGUCUGAUAUUUUCAUCGUAUAGAAAACAGCCUACAAAUAAAGUCACAAAAAAUAGACAGUUAUAUGCUGAGCAGCCAAAAACAUCAUGAUUUAUUAAUAUCUGGAGAAACUUCAUAAUUCAAACACAACCAAACUGUACAUUUUACAAUCACAUUCUAUUUGUAAACAGUUAAAAGCCACUGACUUCUUUUGCAUCUUCGGACACAAACGGUUAGAAUCAAGGCAAUGAAAUGAUGGCGAUUUCUGCACUGUUAAAGUUUUUACCCUUGCCUAGUCUCGAACCCACCGACUAAACAAGCAUCACGUAACACCUUUUGUGGCAGAGAUGUAACUCGUCACUUUUGCAAGAAAGUAUUUGCGAGAACUUUUCAAACAUUUAAAACUUUUGUACAACAAACAAUUCUGUAAGCCCAAUCACUUGGUUACAGUAUGCAUAGUUACUCAGUUCGGCUUUAAGGUACGACAGUUAAACGUUAACACAGUCACAAAGCAGGAACAGCCACUCGAUGGGAUUACAAAAGAAUCGUAGAACUACGGAUUAUCAGCAAACCACCACCACUCACUAAGAAAAAGACAGCGUCAGAAAGCAGGAUGUCCAACUCCAGCUCCAAGCGUGUUUUUUUUGGCAGAGAAAAGUCUUACAGAGCAAUAAGUAUCAGUGCUAAAAGUUGAGUUUUUUUUUUUUCCUAUAAGAAACUACAAGGAGUUUUUACUGGGGAACUGGUUUUCCUGAGAGCCAUGCUCUUUGAUUUAGGAUACAGGAAUAGAAAACAAAAGGACAUGGCCAAACACUGUUCGUUAUUCCCAGAGAUAGAAAGCAUCUUUUUCAUUCUCCAUUUUUUUUUUUUUGUCUUUUU